UGGCAGUGAGUGGACGUGUGGCACCGCCCUCCUGCGAGUUCCCGCCCCGCGGCCGCCAUGUGGACAGUGCUUCCCUAAACUUCCCGCAAUCGUAGAUGUGAUCUAUUGACGACGCUGGUGACACAAGCGGUAUGCAGCGGCUUCAUUAACUCAACAUUGUCAAUAAGGCAUUUUUUUAGGAGUGGGUGUUUUGAGGACUGAGUAGCCGAGUCAGUCGUCGAUUACAAUGUAGUCAAGUUGGUUUAGUGCCACACUGUUGCCCUCCUCUUGUGUGUCGACCCUCUACACCUCCCUCGGGAGCUUGGACCACUCUAGGUAUGGUGGCGUGGUGGCUGGCGUGGGCAUACCUUCUGGACCUGGCACAGGCCUUCUGCCCCCCCGGCUGCACCUGUGAUGACGCCGCCCCCAGUGCUCGCUGUGUUGGCGUCGGCGUCAACGUCGUCCCCAUCCUCUUCAACCCGAGCUUGCGUCGGCUCAACCUAGCCCGAAACUCCAUCAGCUCCGUCGACGAGGCCUUCGUUUUCCUCGACAAGCUCGAAGAGCUCGAUCUCUCGCACAAUCUUUUAAUUUCUGUGGGAACUGGAAACUUCAAGGCGCAAUCAGCUUUGAAGGAACUGAGACUAGCGCACAAUAAUCUCACCUCCCUCGCCGUCGGCGCCUUCAUGGGGUUGGCGGAUCUCUCCACCCUGGACCUGAGCCACAACAACCUCUCUGAUCUGCCUGUCGGUGUACUUGACAACUUGACGCAGCUCACAGUGCUUCAUCUGGCGCACAACCGCCUUCACGUACUCACUCAGCGCACAUUUCGAGGAGUGCAAAAGCUACUGGUCCUCGACUUGUGCGACAAUUACUUCAGACACGUCCCGGCGGUGGCGCUCGAAGACCUAUCGUCGCUGCAAACUCUCUAUCUCUGUCGAAAUCGCCUAACGCGCCUCGACUCCCUGUCCUUCCCCACCGACACACUCGCUUCACUCUCCUUGGACACAAACAACAUCGACUACCUUGACGAGAGAGCCUUCCACCGCCUGCAACAAUUACAAAAACUAAACCUUGAUUGCAACACGCUUCAAGAGGUGCCAUCGAAGACCCUGUCUUCAUUACAAACACUAACUUUUCUGUCAUUAAGUAGAAAUAAGAUAAAAAGUAUUGGUCCAAGGGCUUUUAAAGGCCUGGGACGUUUAUCUACACUAGAGAUAUCACGAAGUCCUCACUUGGAGAGUGUUCAUCCUCUGGCUCUCGAUGGAUGCCGAGACCUGAAGACACUAAUCAUCUCCCACAACCCUCUACUGAGGCACCUCCCAGAAGGCCUCCUCACCUCCCUGCACAACCUGCGCAACGUCGACCUCCGCGCCAAUGGUCUACAGUCUCUUCCGGAAGCAGAAGUGCCAUGGAGUUCCUUAAAAAAGAUGGACUUGAGAGAUAAUCCUCUAGUGUGCAACUGCUCCCUCCAGUGGCUGGCUGAGCUACUGGGGUCCUCCAACACCUCCCUGGCUGCCCCAGACCUCCAGUGUGCCGCCCCCGACAAGCUUCGGGGGCUCUACCUCUCCAGGUUGGUGCCGAGCGAGCACCUGUGUGGCGAGAGGGUGCAGGUGGUACUGGGCAUCGUCGUCGUCACGGCCUCCACCGUUCUCAUCCUCACGCUCUCUCUCCUCCUGUGCAGGUACUGGCGGCGACAACAGAGAGUUAAACUGGGCGGCGGGUGGCCUCCUGAUCCCCUAGCUCCAUGGCCUCCACAGGGACGUCCUCCCCCCAGCAGACACGUCAUGGCGGAGGAAUACAUGUACCACACCCCGGCCUCCCUCACCAAGAUCCCCGUCACCAAAGUCUAAAGCAACCUUCACAUCUAGGGUCAUGUUUGGUCUGAGGGGCGCUGAGAAGAAUAACUUCUACGAACAAGACUGGCAAUAGCUGCUUCGGUCGACAUUACACGUGAUCCUAAGCUCAAGUGAAAGGAAGGUGGCGGGUAAACACACACACGCGUGUCCAUGUAUAAACGCAAAUACAUUCUUUAUCAUACAUUAUGUACUAGAGCUCAUUUACAGAUGCUUCAAUGCAAGUCAGGCCAGAACACAAAACUAUACCGUAUACCCUUGUAAAUACGCUCAGCUUGCUAGCACAUACACUCUUACACACACACACACACACACACACACACUUUUACACUCACUCUUUUGCACACUUACAAUCAGUCUUUAGCACACUAACACACACACACACACACACUUGCACUCACUCUUUUACACACAAAAAAAUAUUUUUUUCUAGAUUUCUUCUUUUUAAACUUGUUAGUAGUGAGGUGGUUACUAGGUAUUUUAUAUAUAAAUGGUUUUGAUGUACAUAACUUGCACUGCCAUCUGGCCCCACACACAACAAAGGUCUUCAAAUUCUUUCUGUAUAUAGGACGUGACUGAGUGUUGACAGACGACGGGUCAGAGGUGGUCCCUUGAUUUCAACUGCACCGAAAUAUGUUAAUACGCCACAAAUACUUAAUUGUGCCAGUAAAUAAAUAUCGAUUUUCAUUGUAUCA